CCCUGCCUCUCUCCCUCUCUUCCUCAAAAGCACGAACUCUCUCCCUGAUCGCUAAGUACACGCAAAACCACACGCAGAGUCGCCAUCGCAGCUCGACCUCGAGCUUCCAUCCCCCCAUGGAGAAGGCGGUGGCGGAGCAGUGGCGGUUCGACCCCAUCUUCUUCCGGCCGCCGGAGACGCCGCUCGAGCCCAUGGAGUUCCUCUCCCGCUCCUGGAGCGUGUCCGCCCUCGAGGUCUCCAAGGCCCUCGCCCCGCCGCCGCCGGCGCUCCCCAAGGCCUACCCCGUUGGCGGCGUCGGCGGCGACGGCGGCGGCUGCGGCGGGGUGAUCCUGGAGGAUCUGGCCGGCGAGCUCGAGGAGGGCGCCACCUGCUCCGGGAACCCCUUCUCCUUCGCGUCCUCCGAGACGUCCCAGAUGGUCAUGGAGCGCAUCAUGUCUCAGUCGCAAGAGGUGUCGCCAAGAACUUCAGGGAGGCUCUCUCACAGCAGCGGACCGCUCAACGGGACUCAGAGCUGCGGCUCCCUGACCGACAGCCCUCCUGUCUCUCCCUCCGAAAUCGACGACGCCAAGUUUUGCCGGCCGAACAACUCCCUCAAUGUCCACCAGUUGAGGGCCUCCUCCACGCCAGGGGGUGGAGGAGGAGGCGGCGGCGGCGGCGGAGGAGCCGUUGUGGUCGGUGGCGGCGGGGGCAAGACGGUGGGGCGGUGGUUGAAGGACCGUAGGGAGAAGAAGAAGGAGGAGGCCCGGGCCCAGAACGCCCAGCUCCAUGCGGCCAUCUCUGUUGCAGGGGUCGCCGCGGCGGUCGCCGCCAUGGCGGCUGCCACCGCUGCCUCGUCGGGGUCGGGCAAGGAUGAGCAGAUGGCGAAGACCAACGUGGCGGUUGCCUCGGCUGCGACCCUGGUGGCCGCGCAGUGCGUCGAGGCUGCCGAGGCGAUGGGGGCCGAGAGGGAGCACCUUGCUGCAAUCGUCAGCUCUGCUGUCAAUGUCCGGUCGGCUGGCGAUAUCAUGACCUUAACCGCAGGCGCAGCUACAGCUCUACGUGGGGCGGCGACAUUGAAGGCAAGGACACUGAAGGAGGUGUGGAACAUAGCAGCGGUUAUUCCGGUGGAGAAGGGGAUCGGAGGCGCCGGCGGUGGCGGCGCUAGCCUCACCAAUUGUAGUUCGAACAGCAGUAACAGCGACGAACUCGUCCCGGAAGAGAAUUUCCUAGGAAUCUGCAGCAGGGAGUGGCUGGCCAGAGGAUGCGAGCUUCUCAAGCGCACUCGCAAGGGUGAUCUGCACUGGAAGAUAGUCUCUGUUUACAUAAACCGAUUCAAUCAGGUGAUGUUGAAGAUGAAGAGCAGGCAUGUUGCUGGGACCAUCACAAAAAAGAAAAAGAAUGUGGUUUUGGAAGUGAUUAAAGACGUGCCGGCCUGGGCAGGCCGUCACUUGCUCGAGGGCGGCGAGAACCGGAGAUACUUUGCGCUGAAGACUGUGAUGAGGGGUGUCGUAGAGUUUGAGUGCUCGAGCCAGAGAGACUACGAUAACUGGACUCAGGGCGUCGCCAGGCUCCUCUCCAUUGCUGCCGAUCGAAGCAAUAGACAUAGAAUUUGAAGCUCGUGUGAUUGGGGGAUUUAACUACGUGACCACCCUUUUGAAUUAAACUAUAAUCUUUAUAAUCUGUAAGGUUUUUUGUCCCCGGAAGGGGAAUAUGUAAGAGCCUUCUUAGAUUUGGGUUGGGGUCUUUUUCUGGUUCUUCUAUUGUAAAAAGGAGGAAUUAAUGGCAAAAUUCCAUCUGGGUCUCCCUAAAUUCCUAAAU